ACACGCAUCUCUCUCUCUGAAUUUCAUUUCCCCCCAAAAAGUAAACCUAUUUUGCAUUCGCAAAAUCAAGGAAUUUGCUCAACGAAUCGAAGAGAUACCGUAGUGUAGUCUGCAAUGUGUGGCGGAGCUAUAAUCUCGGAUUUCGUGGCGCCGGCGAGCCGGUCGUCGGCGCGACUGACGGCGGAUUUGCUAUGGGGAAGCGCUGUCGCCGGCUUGGACCGGAAGAAGAAUCGCGGCAGCUAUCGCUCCAAGCAUAUGAGAUCUGCGCCGAUCCUCGAUUUGGAGGACGACUUCGAGGCUGAUUUCCAGGAAUUCAAGGAUCAUUCCGACGGUGAGGACCAGAUUGGCGCGAAGAAGCCCUUCGCUUUCUCCGCUUCGAAGAGUUCUGGUUCAAAAGGUGUGAAACAUACAGACACCGUUGAAUCUGACGAGGAGGAUGGAAAGUGUUCAAAAAGAAAGAGGACGAAUCAGUAUAGAGGGAUUAGACAACGUCCUUGGGGAAAAUGGGCUGCUGAGAUCCGUGACCCAAGGAAAGGGGUUCGUGUGUGGCUUGGUACUUUUAAUACUGCGGAGGAAGCUGCUAGAGCUUACGAUACUGAGGCUCGGAGGAUCAGGGGUAAGAAAGCUAAGGUGAAUUUCCUUGAAGAUGCUCCUCCUGCUGCUUCGAGAUGUACUGUUAAGGCAAACUCGCGUCAAGAGGUUCUUCAGGAAAGCCUGAGGGCAGUUCAGCUCAACGAGGAUGAAAGUCUGAAUUUCAUGAACAUGUUAAAUGAUGACUACUACAAUUCAUUUGGCGUCGUUGAAGAGAAACCGCAAAUUAAGCAGUUCUGCUAUACUGGUUCCUAUCAUACAGCUGAUGGGAACAAUCUAAAACCACUUACUCCUACUGACGGAUCAAAUGUUUGCUUCAGCUCUGACCAGGAAAGCAAUUCUCUUCUUGAUUGCUCAGACUUUCCUUGCGGUGAAAACUGUGUAAAAACCUCAGAAAUAUCAUCUAUGCUGUCAACGGUGCUUGAGGGUGAACAGGCUGACUUUACUGAGGAUGCUGGGCCAGCGAAGAAAACCAAGACCAUUCCUGAAAAUCUCACACCCAGUGAUGGGAACACUGUCUCUGAUGAUCUAUCAGCAUUCGAUUCCCAGAUGAAGCUCUUUCAGAUGCCAUAUCUAGAGAGCAACUGGCAAGCCUCACUCGAAGCCUUCCUUAAUGGAGACACAGCUCAAGAUGGAGCAAGCGCGAUGGAUCUUUGGUCUUUUGAUGAUGUCCCAGCUAUACUAGGGAGUAUCUAAUGCUGCAGCUUGGCGCGUUAAAAGCUGCCUUUUUGUAAAUAAGGCUACAUGUGUGUUGCUUGCUAGUGAUCAAGAAUGGCAAAAUUCUAAGCAUGCCAAAUGCCAUUUGAUGGUGUUUUCUAGGAGUCUGCGUAAAUCGUAAUGUGCGUUUUAUAGGUAAAAACUAGAUGAAAUUUGUGUUUGAAACAUUGAAAAGUCUAUGAUGAUGAUAUGAUGCCUGUAUGGAUGAUUUAUUACGCGUUUAAACGUAAUAUUAUACCCUCUCUGCCUGUUUGUUUUCCA